GUUCUUCCACCUCCCCCUCCACGCUACACCAUCCCUGUCGCAUACGCGGCGGGGGCGGCGAAUGGUAUGGCGGUUCCCGUUGUGGAAACGAAUAACACUGUAACUCACCCAGAGGGUGGUUGUCCAUUGCAAGUUGGCGAGGGAACAUACACGCUUCAAGAUGAUCUACUUCUCGCAACCCCGCCUCCUCACCCCUCCGAAGCUCCCAUCGUCAACCCUAACCCUCUUGCGACGAUACCCACACCCCCCACCUCUGGCGUAAAGUUAUCGCUCGUCAGUCUCGAUCCGCGAAAGAAGCCCCCGACUUUCUUGACAUCCGCCGUUACAGCCCCCCAAUUUGGCGAUGGAAAUCCGGCUCUUGCGGCGCCACCGGUAACAUCAAAGGAUGCUUUGAAGCGAAGAAAGCCGAAGAACAACAUCAUCAAGAGCAGCUCUUCCUUCGUUUCACGGGUCAUCACAAAUGAGACAUCUGCCAAGAGAUUGAGCGAGCGUGAUCCGAAUGGUGUAUUUGCAUUUGCAAAUAUCAAUCGAGCAUUCCAAUGGCUCGACCUCAGUUCACCGACAAAGGAGGAACAUCUUACCAAAGUCCUUUUCACCAAAGCACACAUGAUAUGCCACGAUAUCAAUGAACUCACUAAGACAACAUCACACUUGGACAUCGUGAUGGGCUCUUCUGCAGGCGACAUCAUUUGGUAUGAGCCUAUGUCACAGAAGUACGCGCGCAUCAACAAGAACGGCGUGAUUAACAGCUCUCCUGUCACACAUAUCAAAUGGCUUCCUGGGUCUGAGAACCUAUUUAUUGCCUCACACGCCAAUGGAGCGUUGGUAGUGUAUGACAAGGAGAAGGACGAUGCGCUGUUCACUCCGGAGGUGAAUGGCAAUAGUGAACAGGAGGCCGGACGCUUACCCUUGGAUAUUCUCAAAUCUGUGAACUCACGAAAUCAGAGAACCAAUCCUGUCUCAUUCUGGAAAUUAGCAAAUCAAAAGAUCUCGAGUUUCUCCUUCUCACCAGACCAACGACAUUUGGCCGUCGUGCUCGAAGAUGGAUCGCUGCGGCUAAUGGAUUAUCUAAAAGAAGAGGUAUUGGAUAUAUUCCGCAGCUAUUACGGCGGGCUUAUCUGCGUCUGCUGGUCACCAGAUGGCAAGUACAUCGUUACCGGAGGCCAGGAUGACUUGUUGACAAUCUGGUCUUUCCCCGAGCGCAAGAUCGUCGCCAGGUGCCAGGGCCAUAAUUCUUGGGUCUCGGCCGUCGCAUUCGAUCCGUGGCGCUGUGAUCAGAAAACAUACCGGAUUGGCAGCGUUGGCGAUGACUGCCGCCUGCUUCUAUGGGAUUUCAGCGUCGGCAUGCUCCACCGCCCCCGGGCACACCCGCAAGCCUCGACUCGAAACCGGUCCAGUAUCAUUUUGCCAAACACGCAAACCGCCAACCGUCACCGUGCAGAUAGCGGGGAUAAUCGGAUGCGAUCAGACUCCAACGGUACCGAGCAGACCAGCGAAGAUAUCGAUCCGACCAUGAGUCACCCCGUGGAACCUCGGUCCCGCACAGGUCUACUGCCCCCGAUCAUGUCCAAAAUCGUCGGCGAAGAUCCCACCACCUGGCUCGGUUUCCAGAAAGACUGCAUCAUGACUUCGUCUUUAGAAGGCCAUAUCCGCACUUGGAGUCGGCCUAGCGAUAGCGUCGUGAAGUCAUGA